AUGCCCCCCCAAUCCGCACCCACCGUCAUAUUCUGGCACCGCACCGACCUCCGCCUGCACGAUAACCCAGCCCUGCAGGCUGCUCUCUCCCUCAACCCAUCGACCUUCAUCCCGAUCUUCACCUGGGACCCGCACUAUGCGUAUCAGGUCCGCGUAGGCCCAAAUCGCUGGCGCUUCCUGCUGGAAUGCCAGAAUGACCUCUCACAAUCCUACCGCAAGCUGAACCCGAAGCAGAAGCUCUGGGUGGUUCGCGAAGCACCUCAAACCGUUUUCCCUAAGUUAUUCAAAGCAUGGGGUGCGACGCAUCUCGUCUUUGAGAGUGACACAGAUGGAUAUGCGCGGGAGCGCGAUGAGACUAUUAGGAAGUUAGCGAACGAGGCAGGGGUGGAGGUUAUAGUGAAGUCUGGACGGACAUUGUUCGAUUCCGACGAGGUGGUGAAACAGAACAAGGGCGAGCCGACGAUGAGUAUUCAUCAGGUGGAGAAGGCGAUUGAGCAGAUAAACAAUGGGGUGCCGGAUAGGCCUGUUGAUGCGCCGGAGAGGAUACCUGAUCCGUUGGGAGAGGAGAAGAUGAGGGAUAUAAGUCCCAAGGGCGACUUCUCCAUUCCCACGCUGGACGAACUCUCCAUCGAUCCCAGCCAAGCAACAAGCCCCCAUCACGGCGGCGAAUCCAUCGCGCUGGAGAUGCUGACCACCUACCUGCAACAAAACGAAGACUACAUUGCCACAUUCGAAAAACCCAAGACUUCCCCCGCGGCCUUCCACCCACAAGCUACAACCCUCCUCUCGCCGCAUCUGCACUUCGGCUCUCUCUCCGUGCGCAAAUUCUGGCAUGACGUGCAGGAUACCCUCCAGCAGCGCGAAUCAGCCCACAAACCUACCUCAGACCUCCCUACUAAUCUCCCUGGACAACUCCUCUUCCGGGAAAUGUUCUUCGCUGCGCAAGCAGCUCUAGGACCAGUGUAUGCGCAGACGCGUGGGAACAAGAUCGUGCGGUUCCAAGCGGAGGUGUGGUUCCGACGGUGGAAGGAAGGGCGGACAGGAUUUCCGUGGAUCGAUGCGUUGAUGAGACAGCUGAAGAAUGAGGGAUGGAUUCAUCAUCUGGGGAGACAUAGUGUGGCGUGUUUUCUGACUAGGGGAGGAUGUUAUGUGCAUUGGGAGAGGGGGGCGGAGGUGUUUGAGGAGUGGUUGAUUGAUCAUGAAACAGCUUCUAAUGUUGGGAACUGGAUGUGGUUAUCCUGCACGGCGUUCUUCACACAGUAUAAUAGAUGCUAUUCGCCGGUGGCAUUUGGGAAGAAGUGGGAUCCAGAAGGGCGGUUCAUAAGACACUAUAUUCCGGAGCUAGAACACUAUGAUAAGAAGUAUAUUUAUGAGCCGUGGAAGGCGCCGUUAGAAGAUCAGAAGCGGUGGAAGUCUUACCCGGAGCCGAUGUUCGACUUUGAUGAGAGGAGACAGACGUGUAUUGCGCAGAUGAAGGAGGCAUAUGAGGUGCAUUUAAUGGGGAAUGAUGAGAAGGUUAUGGAUGGGUCGUGGAAGGAGAUAUUUGAGUACGAGGUUAAGGAUGGGAGGGUAGUGGAUGAGACGAAUGUGAAGGUGGAUGGGGACGGAGGUCAUCGUAAAGGAGGAGAGAAACGGGGGCGACAAGCAGGAGAUCAGGAUGGUGAAGAUGAAGAUGGAGGACAUGGUUUGAAGAAGAAGAAAUAG